AUGAGGAAGGCCAUUAUUAUAGCUAGAAGACAAGCGUUCAAGCUAAAGAAGAUCACUGAAGGUCCGCAGCCAUCGAGACGGAAAGGAAAAAAAAGUAAAACUAAUGACCUUCAAGAAUGCCCAUAUUGUCGUGCUUUGGUAUGGGAACAAGAGAAAAAAGGCAGUAGAGGCAGAGACAGAACUCCCCUUUUCAGUAUAUGUUGUCAGCAAGGUCGUGUGAAGCUACCAGCCGAACCACAUCCUCCUUCUUCAUUAGCAUCACUACUCUCCAGUUCUGCCCACUUCAAGCAGAACAUCCGGACGUACAACUCGAUCCUUGCAUUCACGUCUAUGGGAGCUAAGUUUGAUUCCAAAGUGAUGCACAAGGCUGGACCGUUUACUUUAAGGAUACACGGUCAGAAUGCCCACAAGAUAGGAUCAUUGGUACCAGAAGCUGGGAAACCUCCAAAGUUCAGCCAACUCUACAUCUUUGAUACAGCAAAUGAGGUUAAGAAUAGGAUCGCUACCGUAAAAAGAACACCAAAAGCAGGAGAGCUUGAUCCUGAUAUUGUUAAACAGCUGAUUGAAACAAUGGAUGCCAACAAUUGUUUGGCCAAAGUUUUCAGAAAGGCUAGAGAUGUUCACGAGCACAGCAACUGCCCAGAGUUCAGAAUAAGAUUGAUAGCCCAACCAAAACGUGGCCGUCAAUAUGAUAUGCCUUCAGCUGAUGAGAUAGCUGGUUUAAUUGUUGGCGACUUUUCAGAGGAUAUGGGAGAUAGAGAUAUCAUUGUUCAACAUAAAUCAGCAGGACUGCAACAUAUAAGUGAUAUGCAUCCACUCUACAUGACACUGCAGUACCCUCUUUUGUUCCCUUAUGGCCAAUCAGGGUUUCACGAAAACAUACAAGUUGUCAACAUUGAUGGAUCCACUCGCCAAAGAUCUUACGUCACGAAGAGAGAGUACUUCGCUUACCAGAUGCAAACUCGGUUGGAAGAGGGCAUGACAAUUGUAACCUCAAAGCGGCUACUCCAUCAAUAUAUAGUUGACGCCUACACCUCCAUUGAGCAAGAAAGGUUGCGGUGGUUCAGACUAAAUCAAAAAAAGAUUAGAGCGGACCUUUACAACAAUGUCAAGGAUGCAGUCAUUAAAGGAGACACAAAUGCCAAGUCAAUAGGGAAGAGAGUUAUAUUACCUGCUUCUUACACAGGAAGUCCGCGUUACAUGGCUGAGAAAUACCAUGACGCAAUGGCUAUAUGCCGGUGGUAUGGUAAUCCUCAUUUAUUUAUUACCAUGACCACGAAUCCAAAGUGGGCUGAAAUCACCAACCAUCUACAAAUGUAUGGGACUGACGAACCAAAUGAUCGUCCGGACCUUGAAUGUAGAGUCUUUAAAAUGAAACUGGACGAGCUGAUGUCUGAUUUCAAGAAAGGGUUAUUCUUUCCUCGAGCAAAAGCAGAAGUCUACACCAUCGAAUUUCAAAAGCGAGGCUUGCCACAUGCUCAUAUACUACUCUGGCUAGAAGGUGAUUUUAAUAAUCCUACCAGUUCUGAAAUAGAUAAAAUAAUCUCAGCGGAAUUGCCAGAUAAAGAAACAGAUCCUGAAGGUUACUGUUUGGUGGAGCAACACAUGAUGCAUGGUCCAUGUGGCAAAGAUAGACCAAGCUCCCCUUGCAUGGAAAAUGGUGUGUGUUCAAAGAAAUUCCCCCGCAGCUCUGUUCCUCACACUCAAAUCAAUGACUCUGGUUACGUUCUGUACCGGCGGAGGCAAACUGACCAAGUUGUCAAAAAAGGAAACGUCAACCUCGACAAUUCUUAUGUUGUUCCCCACAAUCUUCAAAUCCUGAAGAAAUACAAGGCUCAUGUUAAUGUUGAAUGGUGCAAUAAGUCAACCGCGAUUAAGUACCUAUUCAAGUACAUUACUAAAGGCGUGGAUAGAGCAACGUUCCUGAUUCAAAAAGAUGGAGAUCAGGUUGCUAGCGACCAAGCAAGCACAUCAGAAAAACCAAUAAAUGAAAUAGACAAUUGCUUGGAAGGUCGGUACCUGUCUGCUUGUGAAUCUAUGUGGAGAACUUUUAUGUUCGAUAUUCAUCAUAACAGCCCGGCAGUACAGAAGUUCCCAGUCCAUUUACCUGGUGAACAAACAGCAGUUUUCGAAGAGGAUGAGGACCUAGAAAACGUGGAAGGCAGAUAUACACAUGGGAGAACAAUGCUUACUGAAUGGUUUGAGAUGAACAGGCUGUACGAGGAAACAAGACAGUUGAACUACAUCCAAAUGCUUACCAUGUAUGUCUGGGACAGCACAAACAAGCUUUACUCUAAACGGAAACAAAAAGGAACAAUCGGCAGACUUGUGAACAUCCAUCCCAAUGCUGGUGACCGAUAUUACCUUAGGAUCUUGGUGAGCAUCGUAAAAGGAGCUACAUGCUACGAUGAUUUAUACACUGUGGGUGACACCAAACAUGAAUCGUUCCAAGCUGCCUGCUUUGCCAGAGGAUUGCUUGAUGGAGACAAAGAAUGGCAGGAUGCAAUGACUGAAGCGAAUCAAUGGUCUUCACCUAGCUCUCUCCGCCGGCUCUUUGUAUUGAUUCUGGUUUUCUGUUGCAUCUCAGACCCCCAAAAGCUUUGGAACAACACAUGGCAGUUUAUGGCCGAAGAUGUUUUACGCCACCAGCGAAGGAUUCUCCGAUUCCCACAGCUCGAACUCAGUCCACAUGAACUCCAGCAGUAUACUCUGAUUGAAAUAGAGUCUCUCCUGCAAAACCAUGACACUUCACUUACUGAGUUCACGGGGAUGCCUCUUCCGAGCCAAACAAUAUUAGAGGAUAUGAAGAGAAAAAAAUUGGCUCAAGAAAACCAGUUUGACAUAGCAGAAGAAACUAGGAUCCAUCAACUUAUGUUCUUCAAACUCAACGAUGAACAAAGGAUUAUAUAUGAUGAGGUUAUGACAUCAGUUUUGGAGAAGCAAGGGAAAUUAUUUUUCAUAAACGGAGCAGGAGGUACAGGGAAAACGUUCCUAUACAAAACCAUCAUCUCUGCUUUACGAUCAAGAAGUAAAAGAGUUAUACCUGUUGCUUCGUCUGCUAUAGCUGCUCUCCUCCUACCAGGAGGUCGCACUGCCCAUUCAAGGUUUAAGAUUCCUUUGAAGCUAUAUGAAAAUACUUUCUGCGAAGUUAAAAGCAGCACAACCCUCGCCAACUUCUUAAGCCAGUCGGAUCUCAUUGUCUGGGAUGAAGCUCCAAUGGCACAUCGCCAUUGUAUUGAAGCCGUUGAUCGCACGCUACGAGAUAUCUUAUCUCUCUCCGAUAAUGAAGCUUCACAGAAACCCUUUGGAGGAAUAACUGUCCUACUAGGAGGUGAUUUCAGACAGAUUCUUCCCGUCAUCCCACAGGGCACACGUUCUGAGACAGUUAACGCAGCGGUUAACCGUUCCCAUCUCUGGGACCAAUCCCAUGUUCACGUCCUGAACAAAAAUAUGCGAGUCAAAUCAGAGGAAAUUGAUUUUGCUAAAUGGAUUUUACAAGUCGGCGAUGGGAAUGCAACCCUGGCGGCUCGGAAAGAAAGAACCCAAGAUACAGCAGAAGAUCAAAUCGUUGUCAACGAGUCACUCCUCCUCCCUGCGACUUCUGACCCUCUUUAUAGCUUAUGUCAAUCUGUUUUCCCAGAUUUCACAAGUGACUACAAGGAUUUGGACAAGAUCAGGGAAACCGCUAUAUUAACUCCAAAGAAUGAUACAGUAAAUGAAAUCAACACUUACUUGCUAUCAAAAAUACCAGGCAUAGAAAAAGAGUACUUAAGCAAUGACGGCUUUGCUGAAGAUGAAAAACAUUCAGGAGAGUUUGAUUUAUCCUACCCACUGGAAUAUCUCAACUCACUGGAAUUCCCAGGAUUGCCAGCCCACCGAAUAUGCCUGAAAGUAGGUGCCCCGAUCAUGCUCCUGCGCAAUAUAAACCAACCAGAAGGGUUGUGCAACGGCACAAGACUUAUAGUCACGCAUCUAGGAGAAAGAGUAAUAAAGGCAGAAUUGCUUACUUCUUCGUCGUCUACGCAAACAGAGGUACUGAUUCCUAGGAUCAUACUAUCUCCGACAGAGUCCAACCAUCCAUUCACCUUCAAAAGACGCCAGUUUCCAGUACGACUAUCGUACGCGAUGACAAUAAACAAGAGUCAAGGUCAGACAUUAGCUAAGGUUGCUCUGUACUUGCCAAAACCGGUUUUCAGCCACGGUCAACUCUAUGUGGCGCUUUCAAGAGUGACCACGCCAAAAGGACUGAAGAUUCUGAACAUAACCACUCCCUCAGGCAUGACUAACACGGUCGCAAAUAUUGUGUACAGAGAAGCAUUCGCUGGCUUGCCCCAGACAACAGGAUUGGUGCCUUCUUCACAAACCCGUUGCCGGAACCUCAAUGUCGGAACAGCAGAAAGCUAUAACUGUUUUCUUGUCGGCAUAGAAGAAAAGUCAAUGUCGGAGAGAAUGACGAUAUACAUGGUUUUAGCUUUUUAA